GUUAAAAUCCUUGCAAGGACCAUGAAGCCUAGCAGAAGCAUUUAUGUAUUUUGCAGCAUUGUUCUCUCUGCACCAGGCUGGGCUUGGGAGCUGCCACAGGAGAAAGAAUGGAUGACCAACUGCUCUCACAUGCUUCUGAAGACAGUUCCUGCAGACCUGAGCUCCUCCACAACCACUCUGGACUUAUCCCACAACCUCCUGGUCCAGCUCCAGAGUUCUGAUUUCCAUUCCAUGUCUCAAUUGCAAGUCUUGAUCCUGUGCCAUAACAGAAUCCGACAGCUGGAUGUCAGGGUGUUUGAAUUCAACAAGGAAUUAAGCUAUUUGGAUUUGUCUCACAAUCAACUGAAGAUUGUAACGUGGUACUGCCUGGGAAGUCUCCGGCAUUUAGAUCUUUCUUUCAAUGACUUCGACACACUGCCUGUGGGUGAGGAACUGGGCAACAUGUUACAUCUGGAGGUCCUGGGUCUUAGUGGGGCUAAAAUACAAAAGUCGGCUUUCCAGAAAAUUGCCCAUCUGCAUCUGCAAACCGUCUUGUUGGGACUGAAAGUGUUUUCUCACUAUGAGGAAGGCAGCCUGACUGUCUUAAACACAACAAAACUUCACAUUAUUUUAUCAAGGAACACAAAUUUCUGGGUUCUUCUGCGUGAUGGAAUCAAGACUUCAAAAAUAUUAGAAAUAACCAAUAUAGACAGCAGAAGUCAACUCGCAUGUUAUGAAAUUCAGCAAAACCUUAAUUUUGAGACUUCCAAAACAGCGCUCCUGUUACUUAAUAAACUUGAUUUAGCUUGGGAUGACCUUUUCCUCAUCUUCCAAUUUGUCUGGCAUACCUCAGUGGAACACAUCCAGAUCCAAAAUGUGACUUUGGGGGGUAAGGUCUCUCGUGACCACAGUUCAUUUGACUACUCAGCUUCCGUAGUGAGAAGUGUAAAAUUGGAGCAUGUAAAUGUCAGAGAUUUUUCUGUUCCACAAAGUAAAAUAUACUUGCUUUUUACCAAAAUGGAUAUAGAAAAUCUGACGAUUUCAGAUGCACAAAUACCACACGUGCUGUUCCCAAAUUACCCUACACGAUUCCAGUAUUUAAAUUUUGCUAAUAAUGCUUUCACAGAUGACCUGUUCCAAAAACCUAUCCAGCUGCCUCAUUUGAAAACUCUUAUUCUAAAUAACAAUAAAUUGGAGACCCUUGUAUUAGUGAGCCACUUUGCCAACAACACAUCCCUGGAAGGCUUAGAUCUGAGCCACAAUCUGCUACUGCAUGAAGAAGAUGAAGAUUGCUUGUGGCCGGAAACUUUGAUUACCAUGAACCUAUCGUCGAACAAACUUGCAGAUUCUGUUUUCAGGUGCUUGCCCAGAAGUAUUCAAAUACUCGACCUGAGUAAUAAUAAAAUUCAAGCUGUCCCUAAAGAGAUGGCUCACCUGAAGUCUUUGCAAGAGCUCAAACUUUCACUGAACUUUCUAACCGAUCUCCCUGGAUGUGGUCAUUUCAGAGGACUCUCCGUUUUGCAUGUUGACAUGAACUCGGUGCUCAGUCCCUCUCUGGAUUUUUUCCGUAGCUGCCAGGCGGUGAAAACUCUGAAGGCAGGAAGAAAUCCAUUCCACUGUACCUGUGAAUUAAGAGACUUCAUUCGCCAAGGAAAAGACUCAGAGAGCAUCCUGGUUGAAUGGCCAGAUUCUUACAUCUGUGAAUACCCUUUGGGCCUGAAGGGGACUCGACUGAAAGAUGCUCACCUCCCGGAAUUACUUUGUAACACGGCACUGCUGAUGGUCACCAUUGCAACUGUUGUGCUAGUUGUGGGCUUAGCUGUGACUCUCUGCUGCCUCCGCUUUGAUAUGCCGGGGUACUUUAGAAUGUUGUAUCAGUGGACACGGAUAUAUCACAGGGUUAGAAGGAUAAGGCAACAGCAGACAAGAAAUGUCCAAUUCCAUGUGUUUAUUUCAUACAGUGAACAUGAUUCUGCCUGGGUGAAAUAUGAAUUAAUCCCCAAACUAGAGAAAGAAGAUGGUUCUGUCUUGAUUUGUCUUCAGGAGGGAGACUUUGACCCUGACCAGAGAAUUCCUGACACCAUCAUAAAUUGUAUUGAGAACAGCGAUAAAUCCAUCUUUGUUUUGUCUAGCAGCUUCAUUCAGAGUGUAUGGGGCCAUUAUGAGCUCUGUUUCGCCCGUCACAAUCUCCUCCGUGAAAGUUCUGAUUGUGUACUGCUUAUCCUCCUGGAACCCAUUCCACGCUACUGCAUUCCCGCCAAGUACCCUCUGCUGAAAGCUCUCCUGGGAAAGAAGGCAUGCUUGGAAUGGCCCAGGGACCGGCAUAAAUGUCGGCUCUUUUGGGCAAAUCUCAGAGCUGCUAUUAAUGUUAAUUGGUUAGAAACCAGAGAGACAUAUGAAUUACAGACAUUUGCAGAGCUGAGUGAAGGGUCUCAAGGAUCUUUGAACUCGCUGAUAAGAAUGGAGUGCCUAGAAGGCCGCUCCCUUACCGAAGGAAGUUUGGGUCUGCAUUCACUGUGA